AUGUCGGCGGCCACAUCUGGAGCUUGUACUCAAUGCCAUCGCGCUGGGCAGCUCCGCCCCAUAGGGAAGGCAUCGUUAUCCCAGGCAGCUAAUUUCCGGCGCCUUUGGGGCCCGGUGCCGCCGACUUUGGCGCCCGGCCCCUCGACUUCACGGACUUCAGGAGCAGUCCGUGGUUUGACAGUGGUCCAUGCCCGACGGAAAUGGUACGCCAUUUUUGAGCCUGCUGCUGCACGUGGAGUCUACAGGCUCUGGGAGCAUGUGAAGCACUUCGUCACGGGCCAGGCGAAUGCUGUCCAUAAGGGGUUCCCGAGCGAGGCCGCAGCGCUGGAAUGGAUAUCACAGCUAACACUACGUUACCAAGAGGAGUCCCUGCAGAAGUACAUGCGCAUUUCCGCAUGCUGCCACCUUUAUAAACUGGUUACUUUGCCUUGGCCUUGCCGCGGACUCGACUCAAUCCUUCAAUCCCUUAAUCUCUGCAGGAGCACGCUCUCGAGCAGCUGCGCCAAACGAUCCUUGGACCGGGCCACCGUGUUGACGCCGCCCAUUGUGUUGCCGGUACCCGCGGCCCCCUCCCGGGAGUACUACCGCAAGUGGUAUGCCGUUAGGUUUGUGGAUGGCGGCAGCCCCGCGGUCUACAACACUUGGCAGGAGACGGAGGCGGCUAUCAGUGGGCGUUACGCGGAGCACAGGUCAUUUGACUCCCGGUUGGAGGCUCUGCUGUACGCUUUCGGGCCCACGUACGUUGACCAGCUACUGCAGGACGAGCAGUUGCUGCAGCAGCUACAGCCGGACUGCCAGGCCCAGUCUGUGGCCGAUGCAGCAGCGUCGGGCUAUUGCGCAUCACCGUGCGGUGUCUCGAACGAGGCCAAUGAAACCGCCGUGACCUCCCAGCGCGGGCUGUUGACUAAUAAGCCGUAUCAACCGCACGAGUAUGGGGAAACGUACGGCGAGCAGUCUUCAUAUUCUCAUGUCGAACAUGGUCAUCACGGUCUUCAUGGGCAAUCAGCAGUCGGUGACAAUGAGGAUGUGGAGACCGUCGACGUGCACAGGGGCGCCCCAGAUAUCUGGAGCUUUGCAGAUAUGGCAGCGGCGGUCGUGUCACGGAUCCAAGGCGUCCCAGCCAGCUUGACAAACCUCCGUACGACUGCCUUGGCGUCGUACGAUGCUGCCGCGUCGCGGCCGAUGCCGGUGAGCCCAGGCGGCGGCUUGGCGGCUUGUUCGGAUCAACGGCCGCCGGAAGUCCCGUCGGCCGCCAGCCUUGGCUGGCGGCUGCCGGCACCUACAGCCGUGACUGCACCGUUGUCGUACGUUGUGCCGUACGGGAGCCCUGCGCCAGCGAUGGUGCUUACCGCUGCUGCCGUUGUACCGGCGCGCACGCCUUGCCGAGGUCACUCCGCCAGCAGUCCACUAGAUCACCGGCUUCAACACUCCAGCAAACAGCAGCGGCAGCAAAAGCACCUCGCUGCCCCUGGCGAAUUACAGCUGGAGGUGGAAGAAGCGCGGCCGCUACCUGCGCCCUACACUUGCGUCCCUGCCCGUUACUCUCUGUCGGCUGCCGCAUCCACGACCCCGCCAACCACCACCUGGCCCCCUCAAGACGGGCUAUUAGCAGCAGGAGCGAGCGGGAGGAGCGUGUACUCCUCCUGCGACCCAGAAGGUCCUUGUAGUGCCAACAGCACCCCGGGUGGCAGCCUUGGCAGCGGCCGCUCGGAGGGGACGUCGUCAUCCUGUCGCCUUGAACCGCGUGUGCAUUUUCCCUCAUCACCAUCAUCAUCAUCAUGCGGCGGAGCGCCCUCAAUGUCUUGGCCACCUGCCGCUGCUCUCGGUUACGACGACAGAGGUGCAAACGAUUCAGUCGAGGUUGAGCAGCCGGGACCCACGGAUGCAGUAGACGUGGAUUCGGGUUCAGAUUUGGAUUCAGGCGGCCAGCGAGUUCCAAAUCUGUUGUUGGAACCUGCUGCAGAUCACACUCGGCGGCCUCCUCUUGCUUUAGCAAAUAGCCCGGGAUCCGCCUUGACAGCGCAGGCCCUGUACGCGCAUGCACUGAGGCAUGUGCGGGCAGCGGGGACGGUAUCGGCGUCCCCGGUGUCGCUGUCGCCGCAGCUGCUGCCACAGCAGCAGCAGGCGGACGGCAGUACGGCGGCGCCGACCCGGCGGCGGCGAGGACGGCCGCGUAAGGUGGUGACGGCGACGAUGGCGGCGGCGGCAGCUGCAGCGAUUUCCCUUGUGGUAAGCACUCCUCCCUGUGCCGUACCAGAGACCAGUGGCGAGGGGCCGGCGAAGGUGGAGGCGGAGACGGGGUCGGUGCCACCGGUAAAGCGCGGGCGAGGGCGACCACCCAAGAAAGCAACGGCUGCUGGUGGUAGCGUUGAAGCACCGGCGCAAGCGCCAGUGGUGGCGCCCAAGCGGCCGCGGGGUCGGCCACGUAAGACGACAGCUGCUAGCGUGUAG